AUGGUUCGAAAGAAAGGCUCUUUCAUACUUUGCGGUGCCUUCCUGUUCGUGGCCUGGAACGCCCUUCUACUCCUCUACCUGUGGGGGCGCCCCCCCAUGGGCCGACUGGGCGAAGGGGGUGGGGCUGAGCCGGUGGGGAAAGAGGAGUGGGGUGUGAGGAAAGGUAAAUCUGUGGUAGGCAGCGGAGGCGGGGACCUGGCGGGAGAGGUGAUGCGAUUGGCCGAAGAGGUAGAAGUGCAGCUGGAGAAGCAAAAGGAGCUUCUACGGCAAAUCGAGAGUCACAGGGCGCAAUGGGCACGGCAGAAGGAUAUCGGAAAGCGGGAAAUGGGCAACUCAAAAGCUAUGAAGGUAGAUGUAACGUUUGCAAUGCAGCUAACAAAAGCAGAGAAGGAGAAAACAACCCCAAAGCUAGUUGCAACAACCACUCCGCAACUGAAACUGGAGCUUACAAACGUGCCACAAAGUGAAGGCCAAGAGAAUACGCUGGUGUUGUCCACGGCCAGACCAGAGGUGGUCAUCCCGAUCUUGGUGAUCGCCUGCGAUCGGGUGACGGUCAAGCGCAGCCUGGACAGACUAGUUCAGUACAGGCCGUCGCCGCAGCUCCACCCCAUUAUUGUGAGCCAGGACUGCGGGCACGCCGACACCGCGCGUGUCAUAGACUCCUACGGCGAACAGCUCACACACAUCCGACAGCCCGAGUUGGCCGACAUCAGGGUGAGGCCAGAGCACCGGAAGUUCCAGGGCUACUACAAGAUCGCCCGCCACUACCGCUGGGCCCUCAACCAGAUCUUCAAUACUUUCGGCUAUUCCAACGUGGUCAUUGUAGAGGAUGACCUGGAGAUCAGUCAUCGAAAGUGCAGCGGGUGA